AUGCUGAAAUCAAUCAUCUUUUCAUCGUUAUUGGCCGUAGUAUGCUGGGCCGCGAACGACAGAUCAUGGACCACCGAAGAGGGAAUCAAAAUUGAAAUUAUCAAAAAGAUUGGAGACUCGAAAUGCAAGAUCAAAUCCGAGCCAGGAGAUCAGCUAGAGCAAUUUUACAAGCUUUCCGACAAGGAAGGAAAAGUGAUCGGAAGUAAUUUUGGUCAGAAGCCAUACACUUUUACGUUGGGUAAAGGAGAAGUUAUUCACGGAAUGGAUAUUGGAAUGGAAGGUAUGUGCGUUGGAGAACAGCGAAAAGUCAUCAUUCCUCCCGAGCAAGGAUUCGAUGAGGAUGGAGAAGAGGUCGAAGGAAAAGGAGACACCCUGUACUAUUUCGUCGAGCUCAAAUCAAUCUUCCGCCCAAAACCAGGAGACAAAUGGAUCACUGAAGACGGCGUUCAUAUUCAUGUGACACACGAAGUUGAGGAUUGCACCGAGAAGGCUACUGCUGGAGAUACCCUUCAUCAACAGUACACUCUGUAUCUCGAAGAUGGAACUUUUGUCGACUCAAGCUGGAGCCGUAACCGUCCAUUCAUUUUCAAAAUGGGAACUGGACAAGUGAUCAAGGGAAUGGACAUUGCUAUGGAAGGAAUGUGUGAAGGAGAGAGAAGAAAAGUUGUCAUUCCACCAGAGCUCGCUUAUGGAGAGAAAGGAAGACCACCAGCAAUUCCAGGAAACUCAUUUCUUCAUUUCGAUCUCCAACUCCAAAAACUUGUCAGACCAGGAAAAGAAGAACUAUAG